UCGCAGAUCGAAUAAGUAGUAUAACCCGCGCUACGGCGAAGAGCGCACGCGUUUAGUACCUAGUCAUUUUAAGUGCAUCAUUAUCAUGAAGAUGUUGGUGAUCCUGCUGGCGGCGGCGUGCGCGCUGGCGUACCCGCAGGACAACACGCUCAGCCCGCAGCUGCUGGAGGAGAUCUUCGGCACGCCAGCCACACAACGACCGCCCAACCCCAACCGCCUGGAGGAUAUAAUGGUUUCUCCUACAACAGUUGCGACCACGUACACGGACAAAAACGGGGAUUCGUGCAAAUGUGUGCCUUAUUAUCUGUGCGAUGGGAACGACAAUGGCAUCUACGUGACCAACGGGAGCGUCACGGGCUGGGGACAGCUCGAUAUAAGAUUCGGCGAGGAUGAGUGUCAGGAGAGCGUGGAGAAGUGCUGCAAGGGCAUCAGGGCGGAGGAGGACGUCCUGACCGUGCGGCCGCCCGUCGCGCGCGGCUGCGGCUACCGCAACAAGAACGGCAUCGACGUCAGCAUCACCGGCGGCACUGGCGAGGAAGCUCAGUUCGGUGAGUUCCCGUGGGUGGUGGCGAUCCUGAACGGUGACAGCGGAGAGUACGGCGGCGUCGGCGUCCUCAUACACCCGCAGGUCGUCAUGACCGGCGCACACGUCGCGCUCAAAUUCAAGAAGAUAUUGAUUCGUGCGGGCGAGUGGGACACGCAGACCGUCAAGGAACGUCUCAAGUCACAGGAAGUGCUCGUUGAGAAGAUGGUCAUCAGAGAAGACUUCCACCCGAAGAGUCUCCGCAACGACAUGGCGCUGCUGCUGCUGCAGCACCCGGUGACGCUGGACGCCCACAUCAACGUCGCCUGCCUCCCCGACCAGGACGAGGACUUCGACACCGCCAAGAGCUGCUUUGCCAACGGAUGGGGGAAGGAUGUCUUCGGUCAGAAGGGUCGUUACGCGGUGAUCCUCAAGAAGGUGGAGGUGAACAUGGUCCCGCACGCGACGUGCGCGCGCCUCAUGCGGACCACGCGCCUGGGUCAGCGCUUCGUGCUGCACGACAGCUUCGUCUGCGCCGGCGGAGAGGGGAAGGACACUUGUCAGGGUGACGGCGGCGCGCCGCUCGUGUGCCCCAUCGGCGGCGACCGCUACAAGCUGUCGGGGCUGGUGGCGUGGGGCAUCGGCUGCAACCAGCGCGACGUGCCCGCCGCGUACGUCCGCGUCGCCAAGUUCCGCACCUGGGUGGACGGCGUCAUGCGCUCCUGGCUGCUGCCCACUGACGGAUACCAAAUCUAAUAUACUCUAACACCAA